UGGCAUAAUCAUUUGGAUCCAACGAUAAGAAAGGUUGCUUGGACUUCAGAGGAGGAGCUUGCUCUCAUGAAUGCCCAUCGCAUGUAUGGAAAUAAAUGGGCAGAAAUUGCAAAGGUCUUACCUGGAAGGAGUGACAACUCAAUAAAGAACCACUGGAAUAGUUCCUUGAAGAAAAAGUUAGAUUUCUUCUUGGCCACUGGUGGUGGAGAUACACUUCUGACUUCGAGAAAUAGAUCAGAGAAUUUUACUAAAGCUUUUUCUGGAUCAGCCAGUUCCUCAGAUUCUGGUCUGCAUCCUGAAGCAUCUAAAUCGGAUGACCGAAAGAAUUGUCUGCAACUAUCAUUAGUUCAUGGUAAAACAGAAACUGCAACAACUGUGUUGGUAAACGAAGUUACUGAUCUAAAUUCCCAAUGCAGCAUGCAGACUCCUAUGUCUGAUGGCUGCAAUGGAUACGAACACAGUAAAGAAUUGGUGAAUCAUGGAAAUACUAGGGAGAGUGGCCAACUGAAUGAUGCAUGUCAACUAACAUUACUUGAUGAAUCUCCUUAUGGUCUUGGUCCACUCUUUCAUAAGCCUUCUCAGCUUCAAGAUGUUUGCCAUUCUGUUGUUUCUACUCCUUUAUACAAUUCUCUCCGAAAGCAAUUAGACUGCUCAGCAGUAUCGUCACCAAAAGAAUAUCAGACACAUCCCUCUUCGAAGGGGAAGGAACCAGCGCAAAGUAUUGAAUCAAUAUUAAAAGAUGCAGCUAGAAGUUUCCCUAACACUCCUUCUAUCAUUAGGAGGACAAAGAGGGAAACAGAAAUGACUCUUGCUUCUGAAACUAGUUUGUCACAUGCAGACAGCGUAAAGUUUUUGGAUAACUCUGCUACGACUGGGAGGAGCAGAGUAACCUUGGAGGCAGUUGAAUCUUCAAUGACUAAACCUGGUCCAAGUGAUUCUGACAGAAGCAAUAAUUCAUACCGUGACAACAGUUUCAAUGCUUCUCCUCCGUACAGGUUGAGGUCCAAAAGGACUGCAAUUAUCAAGUCUAUGGGUAAACACCUUGAUUUUACAGUCGACGAAAAUGAUUGCGACAGUAAAAUCAAGCCCCCAAGCUCUUCUGUGCAUUCUUCCAAGCAUACAACUGAGGGAAACAGUCAAAAUCUAAUUGGAUCUAAAAAGCACUAAAUCAGAACUAAGUUCAACACGCCCAGAUUCAUGUUUGGACAAUAAAAAUUUGGGAUACAAUUUCUACUUGGAUCGGACAUAUUGGAUUGCACAAGUUUCUCAUUUUCCCUGUGCAAGAUAAAGCUUAAAUUGCAAACGGAUUUCUAUUUGCACCCAAGUUACCCAAAUCACGCAAGGUUAGAUCCUUAAUUGUUAUUAAUUGUUAUAAAACUUUCCAGCGGAAUAAGAACUUGUCUUGAAUUCAUGUUCAGAAUUAUUCCAUAGUGAAUAGGAUACGUGACAAUAAACCCAUGGGCAAUCUUUUACUGUCUGAUUCUUGCCAUGCAAUUCAAUAUGACAUGAAUCAUUGAAUGCCAUACCCUAUUGCUUUCUGGUUGUGCACUUUGUUAUUUAUAUGUUUAUUUUUCCAAGAUGAAUUAAUGCACUUUGUUAGAAUUACUGGGAUCAUAAUUCGGAAUUGUUACCGCACUAGCUGCAGAAUUCCAUCAUAAACCUUGUCAGGAUAUGUUUAUGUUAGAACCGGGAUAUUUGGUUGUCUGUCAACUUCAAAAAUAAGUUUCUGUUGAUAAUAAUUGCAAAAUAGAGCAAUAAAGGAAAAAGUUUGAGAAAUGCAAGUAAGAAACAACUCGAAGUUUAAUGUCUAGCUAAGAUUUCAAGCUUUCAUCUUAAAGAUCUAGUCAUGGUACUUUUGUUGUCGGCAGGAUAGUCAUUGUUUUGAAUUAAGUCUUAUACAUCUAUUUUAAUUGGAUUCUAGCUGAUAUGCUCCUCUAGGGUUCGGUUUAUGAAACGUGACUAGUAUAAAUUUAUAAACUAAUCUUUGUCAAUAUUAUUAAAUUUAAAAAAGGUUUAAGAUAAUUCAACAGGUUUCAAGUAAC